AUAUCUCGAGGACAACUAUGCUGUAAACUUGAAGAUUGUAUUUUUGCCUUUACUGGCAUUUGAAACAGCAAUCUUGAUUGAUAACGUCAGGAUGUGUAGGGCUCUAAUGCCUGGGGAUGAAGAUACCAUGAGUGAUGAAGCGAUAUGGGAGACACUUCCUCACUUCUGGGUUGCAAUCUCCAUGGUCUUCUUCAUUGCUGCAACUACAUUCACUCUUCUAAAGCUAAGCGGUGAUGUAGCUGCUCUUGGUUGGUGGGACUUAUUUAUUAAUUACGGCGUUGCAGAAUGCUUUGCCUUUCUUAUUUGCACAAAUUGGUUUAAUCCUGCAAUUCAUAGGCAUUCUCGUCUUAGAGCAACUGUUUCAUCUUCGAUGCCUAUUAGAUAUCUUGACUGGAAUAGUGGCUUAGUAGUGUCAUCAGAUGAAGAUCAUCAGCAUGGUAGAAUAUGCAGCUUGGCUGACAUUGGUGGGCACAUUAUGAAAAUUCCAAUACUCUGUUUUCAGAUCCUUCUUUUUAUGUAUUUAGAGGGAACACCACCUAGCGCUAGACACAUUCGAAUGCCAGUUCUAUUUUCUCCUCUUUUCUUGCUGCAGGGAGCUGGUGUUUUGUUUGCUAUAUGUAAAUUUGUGGAGAAAGUUAUUCUUUUAGUAAAUUCUGGAGCAGUUACAGGGAGUUAUUUUAGAAUACUAUCAAGAGCUUAUGAUCUUUUUGGAUUUAUGCACCAUGGAUCAAGAUUGCUGGGUUGGUGGUCAAUUGACGAAGGAAGUCGUGAGGAACAUGCCCGACUUUGUUAUGCUGGUGCUUCGGGGUACAACACUUUUUCACCUGACAUUGUAAAGAAAAUGCCCAAAGCUGAUCUAACUGAGGAGAUUUGGAGAUUACAAGCAGCACUCAGUGAGCAAACAGAGAUCACAAAGAUUAGCCAGGAGGAGUGUGAGAGGCUUCAAAAUGAAAAGAUCCUGUGUAGGGUUUGCUUUGAAGAACAGAUAAAUGUUGUGUUGCUCCCUUGUAGGCAUCACAUCCUUUGCAGCUCCUGCUGUGAGAAGUGUAAAAGGUGCCCCAUCUGCCGUGUUGCUAUUGAGGAGCGCUUGCCUGUAUAUGAUGCCUAGUACCUAUCACCAUUCGCUUCAAGGUUUAGCCUGAAAUAGGAGCUUCCUCUCAUUAUAGAACCUCAACUGCUGCUUAUGACUGUCAACUGUAAGUAAAGCAAGCAUCGAUAAGUUGGUGAAUGCAGUUUUUCCAAGUCAUGUCACCAUGUGUACAGUAUAAUACAAGAAUUUGUAUACAUACUAGUACUCAUCUUGCUGUACACUAUUUUACUUCUUAUAUAAAGUUGUACAUAUAUGUGCGUUUACAAGAUUGUAAACUAAAGCAGGGUUCGAUGAAAAUAGCAGGUGCUGG